CGGGGGUGGUUCGUGGUUCUCGGUUCCCGUGCCAGGCAGCUCCUACCAAGCAGCCAGGGCCAUGAUCCUGGGUCACAGUCGCCCGACAGAGCCAGCUGGGAGGGCUGCCUUGUAGACAGCCUUGUGCCCAGCUCCCAAGAAGGAGGUGCCCUGGGCUCGGGGAACCUCCCCUCCCCUCAUUUCCCCGCUCCCUGGACCCCAGGUGCCAGAAGGCUCGGGGGCCUCCCUGGGCGGAAUCACAGAACGAUGCUCCGUGCUCUGCAGACUCUAUGGGCCCUGGGGGCCAUGAUGGGCCUCUCCAGUGAAGGGCUUCCCCACCAGCCUUCUCUGUCUUGCGACACCGCGGGUGUGUGUGACGGCCGCUCCAGGUCGUUCCGCUCUGUCCCCUCAGGACUCACGGCAGCCACAGUGAGCCUCGACCUGUCCAACAACAGCAUCUCCUACGUUGGCCAUGGUGACCUGCAGAGGUGCGUGAACCUCAAGGUUCUGCUGCUGACGUCGAAUAGAAUCCACACCAUAGCGGACGAUGCCUUUGCUCCACUGGGCAAUCUUGAGCACUUGGACCUGUCUGAUAAUCAUUUAUCUAAUUUAUUGUCCACCUGGUUCAGGCACCUUUCUUCCUUAACAUACUUAAACUUACUGGGAAAUCCUUAUGGAACAAUUGGGGAAGCCUCACUUUUUUCUCCCCUCCCAAAUUUGCAAAUCCUCAGGGUGGGAAAUUCAUACAACUUCACUGAGCUUAAGAGAGGGGAUUUUGCUGGACUCCCUUUUCUUGAGGAACUUGAAAUUGUCAUGUCAAAUCUCCAGAGUUAUGAGCCCGGAAGUUUGGGGUCACUUGGGAACCUCAGGCGUCUCUUCCUUCAUGUGAGUCAGCCUGUCUUUUUCGUGGAGAUUUUUGCAGAUCUCAACUCAGUGGACAGUCUGGAACUGACAGAUACCAAUUUGCUCAAUUUCCACUUUUCAGGUCUCUCUGUCAAUGAAAGCCAUCCACUGAGUAUCAGAAAGCUUACAUUCAGAAACGCGAGCAUCAGCGACCAAAGUUUUAACCCGCUUCUGCAGCUGCUGAGCCGCAUUUCCGACCUGUCAGAGUUAGAGUUCAGUGACUGCAGGCUGAAAGGCUAUGGCUUCUUUAAGCCGGCCGAGCUCGGCCUUGUGAGGCAUCAUGUAGAAACAUUAACAAUACGGAAGAUUUAUAUUCAAAACUUUUAUUUAUUUAGUGAUCUGCAAUCUGUGUAUUCAUUGAUGGAGAAAGUUAAACGAAUCACCGUAGAAAACAGUAAGGUCUUUUUGGUCCCUUGCUCAUUUUCACGACAUUUAAAAUCCUUGGAAUACUUGGAUCUCAGUGAAAAUUUGAUGGUAGAAGAAUAUUUGAAAUACUCGGCUUGCAAGGAUGGCUGGCCCUCUCUACAAACCUUAAUUUUAAGGCAAAAUCAUUUGCGCUCAAUAGAAAACACGGCUGAGUGUCUGCUGACCCUGGGGAACUUGACAGACCUUGAUAUCAGUAAAAAUAGUUUUCAGUCCAUGCCUGAAACGUGUCAGUGGCCUGAAAAGAUGAGGUCUUUAAACUUGUCAGGUACACGAAUAAGCAGAUUAACUCCUUGCAUUCCCCGGACGCUGCGAGUUUUAGAUGUCAGCAGUAACAACCUCAAUUCAUUUUCUUUGGAUCUGCCUUGGCUCCAAGAGCUUUAUAUUUCUGGAAAUAAGUUGAAGACACUUCCAGAUGCUUCCUCCUUACCUGGGUUGCUGGUUCUGAAAAUCAGCAGGAACUCCAUAAAUACUUUCUCUAAGGAGCAACUGGAUUCUUUCCAGAACCUGGAGAUCCUGGAAGCUGGUGGCAACAGUUACAUCUGCUCCUGUGAACUCCUGGCCUUCACGCAGGCGAGGCCGGCGCUGGCUCAGAUCCUGGUGGACUGGCCAGACAGCUACCUGUGUGACUCUCCGUCCCACCUGUGGGGCCAGCGGGUUCAGGAUGCCAGGCGCUCGGCCUCCGAGUGCCACCGGGCAGCGCUGGUGUCCGGCGUGUGCUGUGCCCUCCUCCUGUUGGCGCUGCUCACCGUGGGCCUGUGCCACCAUUUCCACGGCCUGUGGUACCUGAGGAUGACGUGGGCGUGGCUCCAGGCCAAGAGAAAGCCCAAGAAAGCUCCUGCCAGGGACAUCUGCUACGAUGCCUUUGUGUCCUACAGCGAGCAGGAUGCUUACUGGGUGGAGACGCUCAUGGUGCAGCAGCUGGAGAACUCGGAGCCCCCCUUCCGGCUGUGUCUGCACAAGCGGGACUUCGUGCCGGGCAAGUGGAUCGUCGACAACAUCAUCGACUCCAUCGAGAAGAGCCGCAAGACCCUCUUCGUUCUGUCCGAGAACUUCGUCAAAAGCGACUGGUGCAAGUACGAGCUGGACUUCUCCCACUUCCGUCUGUUCGAUGAGCACAAUGACGCGGUCAUUCUCGUCCUUCUCGAGCCCCUGGACGGGAGAGCCAUCCCGCAGCGCUUCUGCAAGCUGCGCAAGAUCAUGAACACCAAGACCUACCUGGAGUGGCCCCAGGGUGACGCUCCGCGGGAAGGGUUUUGGGAGAAUUUAAGGACAGCGUUGAAAUCCUAGCUUCUCCAUCCAAGCAAGACGUCCCUCGCCCGGAGGCCUGGGCUGUAAGGAACUUGUCCAAAAGCUCACGGUGACACAAUUGUAUAAAAACCCUGGGCUGUUCUCUUGAGGACUUGUUGAGUGAUGCUAAUGAACAACUAGCUUUUAUCUUGAACGCUGUGCUAUAAAUACUUUACACCGCCCUAGGAAAAGGGCUCUUGUUUUUCUUUAUGUAACAUCUCUCUCCAUUGCUGGUAAGAGAAUCAUUUAGCAAUUGUGCUGAAAACAGCAGAGAGGGACUGAAGAUUUCAAAGGACUGCGGGCGGUCAGCUUGCUUUCUGCCCAGAGGCGUGCUGGCUACCUGCAUGGCGCAUGCUCCAUUCCAGUCACCUGUCCCCUGCUGGUCACCUUUCUGUGUAGCUGAUCUCAAGGGUAACCAAGCAAAACACUUGGGCAUACAGACACAUUCGUUGCUAUUCCUAGAUACGGGGUUACAUGCACCCAUCACACCCUUCAGUAUACAAAAUACUACAAGGUGUGUUUUCAGGUGAACUGGGUCUGUCUUCCUGGGUGUUUGAUAGGUUUAUGUAGCCAUGAUUCCUUAAAACAGGGCAUGUGACACAGAUCGAUUAUAUCUUACCAUGAGACCAAAGCUACGGGAGAGAAAGAAAAUAUUGCAUUUAGGAGAAUCUAAAGGAAAUCUCUCAGAUCUCAA